UCUGUCUGCCCUCUUUGUAACCUUAGCUCACGAUCGAGGUUUUCUUGAAGUGCCGUGAAAACAUAAUUGGAAGACAGCAGUUGGGAUGCGGGGGAGGUCGGUAGGCAAAGAGAUGCAUGCGCACGUUAAGCGUGAGAAAAUGCAAAUUCGAGAAAGCCAUUUCGUGCGACGGCGCACAAAACCUAUCAGACUGGGACGUUUCUUUCCCACACCAAGGACCCGUUCUGCCGGGCAUGUUAAUACGCGAUGAGCGAGACGUGUUCAUCACGAUCAUCGAAGCAGAAGUAAAGAGAGCCUUGUGGACGGAAGGCGGGCCAUCGUUCGGAGACGUCGAUUGCGAUUGCGGGCUUAGGGACCCCCGCUUAUCGGGAUCGAUGUCACGCCUGCACGUCGUCGGCUGCUUUCCAUAUAUAGGCAUACGGACGGAUGGGCGGCUGUGUCUUCCGGCACGUUUGCUGCAGGCUUCAUUCUACGCCUCCGUUAGUUCGGCUUCUGGUCCGUGUGAAAAGUCAAACGCAAACCGCUGGCAGACAUGAGCUACGGAUACCCUCAGGCGCAUCACCAGUACCAACCACCGCCGGCACCCGGAUUUGCGCCUCCACAGCAGGCGCCGCCCCCCGGCUACCCUGGCUACCCGCAACCGCCGCCGGCACCCGUAGCGGAGCCCUACUUCGCGGCGUCGGCGCCAGUGGGCGACACAUACCAACCACCGCCGCCUCCCGGGCCCCAGCACUUGUACCCGACGCAGCAGCAGGCUGGCAGUUUCUACGUGCCGCCUGCACAACCGACAACGGUGGUCUUGCACGAAAAGAAAGAUGACGACUGCUGGAAGAACUGCUGCCUCUGCACGCUUUGCAUGGCGCUGUGCUGUUGGUGUUGCAGUGACUGAGGCCGGAGACUGCGUGUGCGUGGAGCCUCCACCGGGAGCGAAUGGGAGGGAGGGCGGAAAAGCCACGGAAAAGCACGCUGCGAUGGGCGCGAACAG